AUGGAAAGAACUUGGGAGGAUAAGCUCGAGUGGAUUGAGAAAGCCAAAGAGAGAGUAGGGCAGCUGUGGAGGGAGACGUACAAAUCUACAAGUUCCUGCCCCAGUCUUCGAUCAAGCCCACCGCAAGAUUGCACCACAAAGCGACCAAACGGGUACAAGAUGUGGAUGAAAGAGCAGAAGUCCACGAUAUUUAACAAAGAUGACGACGAAUACGAAGUGUAUUGUCGCGAACCUGUGAUGACGGUAUCGGAUCCCUUGAAAUGGUGGCUAGAACCAGCCCAGAGGAGACGGUUUCCCAACUUGUCAUUAAUGGCCAUCGACAUUCUGUCAAUCCCGCCUAUGUCUACAGAAACAGAGCGUCUCUUUUCUAAAGCAAAACUCACAGUGACCGAUCUUCGAGGAUCUAUGAACGUUGACACUCUGAAUCUCGUGGAAUGUUUGCGCUCCUGGGACCGGAGCGCUUUGAUAAUGCCUUCCGACGUAAGUAAUAACAUAUUUCGCGAGACACCCACUUCAUCUAACUGUGGAUCUAGUGCUGCUAUGUAG